CCCCACAAUAGAAAUAUACGGGUUCCUGUCGUUGAAAGGUAUCUAGAAUACAUAUAUAUAAUUCUAAAAAGAUUUGGCCUCCUUUCUUCGAAUUUCACAUCCCUUUUCAGUUUCGACCUCUUUACUGGCGCAAUACCUUUACUUUCUCGAAUGAAAAUAUUGCCCCUCUCUCUCCGAUUCUCUCUCUUCUGCAACUAAGCAGAACCCUUUACCAUUCCAUUGAUUAAAAGCCAUGUCAGGUCUGUAUAAUCCUAACUUCUCACCUGUAAGAGCUGUUUCUCCACAGAUUAGAUGUACCCAAGACCUCGAUAGAAGUACCCAACAGUACUUGUCAGAGCUGUUGGCAGAGCAUCAAAAGCUUGGACCUUUUAUGCAAGUUCUUCCGAUAUGUAGCAGGCUUUUGAAUCAAGAGAUAUUACGACUUUCAGGGAUGAUGCCCAACCAAGGUUUUGGUGAAAUUGAUAGACUGCGGCAUCGAAGCCCUAGUCCCAUGGCUUCUUCAAACCUUAUGUCACAUGUUGCUGGGACAGGAUUAGGUAGCUGGAAUGGCUUUCCUCAGGAGAGAUUAGGUGGACCUCCUGGAAUGGCAAUGGACUGGCACGGGGCACCAGCAAGUCCUACUUCAUAUACGCUAAAAAAGAUUUUGCGCUUAGAAAUUCCCUUAGAUAAUUAUCCAAAUUUCAAUUUUGUUGGACGACUACUCGGCCCUAGAGGCAAUUCAUUAAAACGGGUUGAAGCUACUACAGGAUGCCGUGUAUACAUUCGAGGAAAAGGGUCCAUAAAGGACCCAGACAAGGAAGAGAAGCUACGGGGGAGACCAGGCUAUGAGCACCUCAAUGAACCUCUCCACAUAUUGAUCGAGGGUGAUUUACCUGCCAAUAUUAUUGAUAUAAGGCUGAGACAGGCACAGGAAAUUAUAGAAGAAUUACUCAAACCUGUGGAUGAGUCCCAGGAUUUUAUAAAGAGGCAGCAAUUGCGUGAACUAGCUCUGCUGAAUUCAAAUUUCAGAGAAGAUAGUCCAGGUCCAAGUAGCAGUGCAUCACCUUUUAACACUAGUGGAAUGAAACGUCCAAAAACAGGCCGCUGAAACCUAAUUGCUGUCCAGUUCUUGUUUGAGAUUGUCAUGCUUGAGUAUACCUUCCAAUGCAUUUCAACUUGGCACAGCUACUGAGAAAUGGGAAAAGAAAAAAAAUUGACCAGACAGUUUUGUGGGUGAGCUUUCUGUUAUCUUUUGUUUUACUUCUGAACGAUAGAAAACAAAAGUGAAAGGAGAAAAAAAAAAAAACAAAGGUACAAUGAACAGAAAAGUUUUUAAUAUGGUUGGCUCCAGAGUUUAGGUUUUGGUUGUGUCAGUUCUUGUAAACUUCAUUCAUUGGAUUUAUUCUUGUGUUAGUAGUAAGUAGUAGCCUCAAGUAGUGUGAAAUAUAUUGCCAUUGAUGCGGCAUGAGGUGUUGCAAAUGAAUUGAGAUUUCUAGGUUAUCUGUAUUAUAUUUUACAUUCCAUUGAAGAUUUGAGAUAUUAGUCAAUUUUGGAUUUGAUUGAGCA